AUGUCAGAUUCUCCCUUUGCGACGAGUGCUGGCAUCUCUACUCCCACAGAUACCAUGUCGCUAGCCACGCCUCCUCCAACAGCCGCCUCCCAGACCUCUUCCUCCACAUCCGCUACAGCCGCCACUGCUACAAGUACGGUCACUACAACCGCCUCUAUGGCCAGUGCGAACGCCACGGCAGGUGAUAGUCCUGCUGCUGCUCGCCCCGCCUCCCGCAGGCCUCCACGCAAGAGCACCCUGACCCAGCAGCAGAAGAACCACAAGCGCCAACGCGCCACCCAGGACCAGCUCGUCACCCUCGAGAUGGAGUUCAAGAAGAAUCCCACUCCCACAGCUGCUGUCAGAGAGCAGAUCGCGGAGGAUAUCAACAUGACCGAGCGUUCGGUGCAGAUCUGGUUCCAGAACAGGCGUGCUAAGAUCAAGAUGAUUGCCAAACGGGGCAUCGAGACCGGGGAAGACUGUGAUGCCGUCCCUGAGUCGAUGCGAAGAUACCUUGCACUCCAGCUGGAUCCUGCCGGCUCGAAUGCGCGAAACAUGCUAGGCCGUGCGGGGGGCUAUCCUUCGAACGAGCCCAUGAUGCAAUCCGCCACCUCGUCUAAAGUUGUGAUCCAGCAUUUUGCAUGCCGCUCUCUCCGCAUCGGCACCUGGCGCCGUGUGGGCCAAAACACCAUGGACCUGGUCAUCUUCUACUCUCCCGACCAGGCAUGCAUGACUUACUACAUAAACAACGACUCUGCCGGCUACAAGAUCGAGUACCCCUUCUCGAGCAUCAAGAACAUCGUUCUCGAGCCCGGUGACCCUGUCCCGCCAUUGGACGGUGCUAUUCCCCGAUCAGGCGGCUUAGUCAUCGAGCUAAACCGUCCUCCAAACUUCUACAUGGACUCCUCCAACUCAGGCGGCUUCUACCAGUGCGGCGACUUCACGGAGGAACAGCAGGCUACCAAGUCGCUGGUUCACCAUCUCGGAGGCCACCCCAAGGUCUUGAGCGUCCAGCUGGCCAAGCUUGUCUCACUUGAAACGUUCCAGAACCGCCAUGUUCCAGCCUACCCGUUCACACCAAACACCCCCUUUAUGGAUGGCUCUCCACAGUUUGUGCCUCUCCAUCGCCCUGCCUCGCAGCCAAACCAGUUCUCACGAGCCCAGAACCGCCUCUCUGUAGACAACCACCUGUCUGUAGGAGGUCUACACCCCAACAGAGGCCACAAACGCCAGCGCAGCAGAUCGGUGCCUGGACCCGUUGACUUUGCUGCCCUACACGCCAUGCCGGCUUUCCACUUCCAAUCCGCAAACCCCUUCCAGCCAAGCACCCCACAGCACCAGGAGCACCACCACCCAGACAUCUUCGCUCCCAUACCCCUUGCACACUCGCAGUUUCAACUUCCCCUGAACAUGGGUGAACCCGACCUCCACGUCGAUACAUCUGCGACCCAGCCACCACCACCAUCAUUCAGCAUGUAUCCUGCAUCCGCAACCACGGCAGCUGCGGCUUCUACUCCUGGAACCGACUUUGUGUCCACCCCGCUCUUCAGCAGCGCGCCAGACCACCACCCUCAACCCCUGGGAACUCCAUUUAGCUUGCCGUUCCUCUCUCCCUCACCAGCAGUCGACAUCGACAUCGACUCUGACCCCCACAGCAUUCCCCAACAACAUCAGACCCAAUCGGCCUCCUCCAACGGCCACUCGCCUCCAUUGACUGCCACCCAACGCUCGUCUCCAACCAGCAUGUUCGCCUCAACCGUCACAACCACAGGCGUAGAUGACGGCAUCAUGCUCAGCGAUCUAUACGCUAAGCAGAACCUAGGGUGUAGCAGCGCCAUCACCUCCCCAGGCAUGGAAAUGGACGAGUCCUUUGCAAUGACCUUCCAGGGUCUAAGGGCACACGGCCACGGUCACGGUCACGGCAUGAUGGGUAUGGGCUUUGACAGCGGCACAGUAGACCCAAGCACCCUUGCUGCUGAAUCUUGA